AAUUCACGUUUGCUAGAGAGGUUUGAGCUUACCAAAAACAUACCAGAGCCAGGUGUGGUAGGGCACACGGAUUCCAGACUAAACAGGACAACAUAGGGAGACCUGCAUAUCCAGAGAGAGAGAGAGAGAGAGAGAGAGAGAGAGAGAGAGAGAGAACUAAUAGUGCUACUUGGGAGUCUGAAGCAGGCAUAGCCUUGAGCUUGGGAGUUUGAGGUCAGCCUAAGUAACAGACAGACUUUGUCGCAAACCAAACACCAGUCAGAAAGUUUUCUUGUCAAAAUUAUCAACAUAUCUGGCCAAAGCCCCUUCUAGGCUGAAUAUUAUAGCUGAAAAUAAACUCAAGCCAGACCUCGCUGGCUUGGAGCACACAGAUUUAUGAUAUUGUAUGGUUCCGUUGUUAUCAAUAACGAUCCAGAGGCCAGGAAGGGCACCUAGAUGUUUGACUUUUCCAGAACAGCAGCGUGAAGAAUAAUCUCACGUGAGUUUUAGCUUCGUGUGCAGCUGCUUUGAAGACAUUAACCCGGGGGUGGAAGUGCCUGGUGUAGAGACGCACACAUCUUAAAACUAUAUUUACAAAGAAGACUGACCUGGCAACUGUCAAAUUCAUGGUAUAUUUAGGCUAGGGAAUUUGUUUAUGGGAAAUCCUGACACAGAGCCAGCCCCCCCAUCACCCCAACUCUGGAUCCUUCUAAGAAGGUUAGGGAGAAUCCAGACCUGUCACCCAGCAUUCAGUUCCCUCUGCUGCUGGCCAUGGGAACGCAUCACUCAUCUGGACAGACUUGGGGACACUGGCUUAGCAAGCUGUCACUGGUGGAAUCUGUGGGGAGUUCUGUGGGCUUGUGACUGCCCACCAGAGGCUCCUGUCCCAAAGAGAAGAUAUGGCUCUCAGACCUGCUACACAUGCCUAACAAGAGGUCCAACUUAGCAGCUAAGAACCAGGUCACAUCUUCAGGUUCACCAGGCUGUCCCUCUAUUUCCCUUCCAUGCCACACCUAUAUGAAGGUCUCUGCCUCUUGCCAAGACCUAGUUGAUUCUUACCUUACUUACCUAAGAUUUCCCAUCUCCUUUAUUCUUAUUCUUUCAUAGGUCUGUGGAUGGGAUAUGACUUGGCCAAGAAAUUGCUCGUGACCAACUCUCUGAGCCUUGGUUUCUCCGUGGGUAAAAAGGAGGGUUCUGGGCAAUGUUGUAGAUUUUGGAUGGCCAUUUUGGUUGAAAGUAUUUUCAGCCAAGUCUGGCUUCUAUGACACCCAUCUUAAGAGGCUUUUAAUCAGCAUCCUGACUGGCUUAGGGCUUUCUGGGUGGGAAACUUAACUUUUGUUCCCAAAGUUUCUGUGACUACAAUGCAAAUGAACAACAAAAGUUGAGUCUGAUGUAGCAAUGACAGUUGUUGUCUCUGUCCCUUAGGUAGCCUCAGCAGGGUGACCCCCAAGCUCAACAGUAAAAUAAUGGUUAGAAAAUAAUAACAUUUAAAAAAUAAUAAUCAAGGGAAGCCUGUUCCAAUGCCAUUGGUACUGGCACGAGGGUCUCAGGUUUCUGGGCCUGUAUGUUCACAAACCCAGAAAAGGUCUCUGUGAGCUGGAAUUAGGAUAUGCCAACUAAUGCAGAGAGCAAGAGACAGUCGGCCAGUCAAGUAACUUGUUAGUAAGGAAAACUUGAAGAAAAAAGACACCAGCCUGGACUGUUGACAGCGCCUAGAUUCACCCUCUGCAUCUGGAUUUAGCCACCAAGGGAAAGGCUCAGGCUCUACCAUCAGACCCACCUGGGCCAAAGGACACUGGCAAACAUGGUAAGUCAGGGACCAGCGAGUAACUGUGGUCAUCUCCAAAUUGCGACACGGUGCCCGCCUUUCCCACGCUCCUGGGGCGCAGCCUGUACUCACCCCUGGCCGACCCUCUGUGCUAGGCUUGGGGUUUUAUCCAAAGUGGCCUUCGCCGCGACCCUACGGGCUGACAAAACAACUGGUCCCUUCGCACCUGGGAGUUAGCCUCCGUACCUACUGAGCCUCAGUUUCCCCAUCCCCACAUGGGCAAGCUCCCAGAAGAGGAGACGAACUUACGGGGACUGGCACCCCUUAUGCUCGGUAGUGCCCCCACCCCCAUCCAGGAGCACACAGUAGGCGCUCCGGAAACACUCUCUGAAAGGAGGAGCGGGCCACUUCCUGCCCUGGAGCUGACUCCGGGAGCCCUGGUCCCACCGCUCCGCCCCAGGCCCGGGCCAUGUGGCAUUCCUAAGGCUGCCCAGAGGUCCAGCUUAGUCCCCAAGCACCAUGUCGGACAGCGAUCUAGGCGAGGAUGAAGGUCUUCUGUCACUGACUGGCAAGAGGAAGCGCAGGGGGAACCUGCCCAAGGAGUCAGUAAAGAUUCUCCGAGACUGGCUGUAUCUGCACCGCUACAACGCCUACCCCUCUGAGCAGGAGAAGCUAAGCCUCUCUGGACAGACCAACCUCUCCGUGCUGCAGAUAUGUAACUGGUUCAUCAAUGCCCGCCGCCGCCUUCUCCCUGACAUGCUUCGGAAGGAUGGCAAAGACCCUAAUCAGUUCACCAUCUCCCGGCGCGGGGGUAAGGCCUCAGAUGUGGCUCUCCCCAGGGGCAGCAGCCCCUCUCUGCUGGCUGUGUCUGUUCCAGCCCCCACCAACAUGCUCUCCUUGUCUGUGUGUUCCAUGCCACUCCACUCAGGCCAAGGUGAAAAGCCAGCAGCGUCCUUCCCACAAGUGGAGCUGGAGUCCCCCAAGGCCCUGGUGACCCCUGGGAGCACACUCACCCUGCUGACUAGGGCAGAGGCUGGAAGCCCCACAGGUGGACUCUUCAAUACGCCACCACCCACACCCCCAGAGCAGGACAAGGACGACUUCAGCAGCUUCCAGUUGCUGGUGGAGGUGGCGCUGCAGAGGGCUGCUGAGAUGGAGCUUCAGAAGCAGCAAGAUCCAGCGCCACCCUUACUACACACUCCGCUCCCUCUAGUCUCAGAAAAUGCCAAGUAGGCACUGCUCCCAGGCGGCUUGAGGUCCAGGCCAGCUGUCCCAGGUUUCUGGUUCACUUCCCUUUCAUACAGAGGGUUAUCUAUGUACGGAUCACUGCCGAGCAUCAGGAUCAUCUGUCCAGCGGGCCUCAGCAGAAAGAGGCCACUGAUGUCGCUGCACUGCACCGGUAACAGGGCCUGUACUCUGCUGAGUGCCAUUCCUUCAAGCGUCCUCUCCGAGGAGACCAAGGCACCAGAGCCAGGUGUGGUGCUGCUGCUGCUGCUUCUCCAGAGAGCCCUGGGACACCUGCACUCCAGCCUGCUUUCUGACGCAGGCUCAGGAAACCUGCCAAGUUCAGACUUGAGCUGGGUCCAAGCCGCCCCUAAGCUGUGCCUCUUGGUCGAGCCAGGUGCACACAUUCCAGCCUAUUCAAAGGACAAAGGAAAAUGCCCAGCAGAUGUCACAGAACCGACUCCAGUUGAAUGUUUAGAUUUUUGCUAAAUUGUUUUAUUUUCCUUUUGCUGUGGUUUGUGUUAAUGGCAGUAGGUAGCCCAGAAGCACAGGUGUGGGGAGAGAGCACCUUACGUGAUGGAUGGGGCUUGAUGAAUGGGGUAAUCUACGGCUGCUCAGGAUGACUGUAUAAGGGACCAGCAGAUUCUCUAUAGUGCUGAAUUCAGACUAUGGUGAUUGUUUAAGUCUUGGUUUGGUUUACCCUGUUAUAAAAGACAGAAGGAAAAUAUCCACAGGUGGUGGAUUAUUUGCACCAGACACAGGCGGGGAAUAAAGCCACAACCAAGUCCAAGCAAACCAGACAGCCAUUUAGACACAGCAGAGACAGAUGAUAAAGUCAGAGACACACUUGUUUCUAUUGUAGUUUGGGGUGGUUAAGCUAGACUGAAACAGUUUUGUUUUUCUCUCUGUUCUGGGUAGCUUGUUUCAGACUUAUUCCAGCGUCUCCUGCUUGGGGAAGAGUGAGCCAUCUGCUGGUCAGGAGGCCCUUCAGACAUGCCGCUUGUUCCUUACCUAGGCAGUUGGAGCCUUCCUAGAGGAGAGGCUAGUGCGGCUACAGCCUGGCCCAGCCGCCUGGGAGCUGUGUCUGUUCACCUCCCUUCAAGUUGGGAUUGCAAGGGGCCUGCCUAGAUUUCCCGGGAAACAGACCACACUUGGUCUUAAUCUUCCUUCCCCCUGUUUACUUUGCUUAGUUUUCAGCAGCACUGUACCCCAUCUUUAUAUAUCCUAAGAAACACUAACCCUAGGUUUUUAUUAAUCAAAAUAUUUGUGUUCUGAAUAACCAGAAGAUGUGAGGAGCCCUGACUGUAAUUUCCUGGGGUCUACCAGGUUGUGCGCACAGAUGGGGCUCUUGGAUGUUGACUGACUUGGAGUGCCUGUCCCAGAGGAAGGCAGAAGACCACUCGCUCUGGCCUUUCUGGGAGCCCCUGAUGUUUACCAGGCUUCCAUACCUCUCCUGAGUGGCUGUGCCCCAUUCGUUGCUGUGCAAGUGGAAUGGGAGAUUUGCUGUUUGUAGGGACUGCUCUCCUAGGCUGUCUCGUGCCCCCCUCUGGCUUCCUGUACUGCAGGAGACCCAGCAACCUCACCUGUGACCUGGAGGCACUCCUGGGAAGGGCAUGGUGGGUUCACUGAGUUUGGUUUGCCCACUUCUACCCCACCUGUCUGAGAGCUCCCAUGGCUGUGUAGGAUGCUCCAGUAGGGGUGAUACUAGGAUGAGGGAUUUUCCCCCCACAGUGCACUGAGCAGGGGGAGGAGGGAAGGAGCCAUGCUGCUGACAUAUUCUGGCACCCCCUCCUGGAGUGAAACGGCGUCUGCAGGGUAGAGCAGUCUCUGCUUGUAAGAUAAAUCUGGAGAAGCGCAGUUGUCCCAUUGAACAAUAUUUGAGCAAAAAAACUACUGUAAAUAACUGGUUUUUGUCUUUUGUCAAAUAAAAUUGUUUUGGUUUUGUUUAUGUUUAAAGUCAAA